AUGACAAAACCUACAGUAUCUCGUCCUGUUAGUCGCGACGAGUUUGAGAUUGCGAUUGUGUGCGCCUUGCCGCUUGAAUACAAUGCUACGGUGAUUCUUCUAGAUCAUUGUUGGGAUACAGAAGGAGACCCAUAUGGGAGAGCAAGGGGGGAUAAUAACACGUAUACAACUGGAUCUAUGGGCGGCUUUAACGUUGUCGUCCUGCUUCUCCCUGGCAUCGGAAAAGUCGAGGCAGCAGGCUCAGCAGCUAGCCUCCGAUCGAGCUAUCCGGACAUCAGACUCCUCUUUUUAAAUGGAAUAUGCGGCGGCGUGCCGUUUGUAAAGGGCGAUGAAAUCCUUCUGGGUGACGUUAUUAUCAGCAAAACUGUUGUCCAGUAUGACCUCGGCAGCCGGUACCCGGACGCUUUCAAAACAAAAGAUACAAUUGAUGAUAGACUCGGGAGAGCAAGCAAGGACAUCCGAAGCUUCACUGCCAUUCUGGAGACAGAUCGCGGGAGCGACCGUUUGGAAAAGCGGGCUGCUUGUCUUCUAGACGUGAUACAGCGAACAUUCGAAGAGAGAGAUCCGAGGCGCCGAAGGACUAUAACUUACGCAUAUCCGGGAUCGUCGAAUGAUAAGUUGUUUGAAGCCAGUUAUUGUCACAAGCAUCGCAUUUCGAAGACAUGCGAGUGUUCAAAUAGUGAUCAGGACGAAGAUCUCGUAUGUGAGGCCUCCAGAAAACUUUCAUGCGACCAGCUCGGCUGCGAUCAUGCCCACUUGGUGCCGCGCAUCCGUCUUGGAGAGAAGAAACAGUUGGAAGAGGACGGAAGCAUCAAAGAUGCUCAAGCGCCAUCUAUUUUCAUUGGACGAGUUGGUUCAGGAGAUACAGUGCUCAAGUCUGGGACUGAUCGCGAUAGACUGGCUAGAGAGCACGACAUUCUGGCGUUUGAAACAGAGGGAUCCGGCAUCUGGGAUGAAUUCCCCUGUAUUAUCGUCAAGGGUGUUUGCGAUUAUGUCGACAGCCACAACAAUAACAAACAUGAAGACUGGCAAAACUUCGCCGCUGCCACCGCAGCAUCAGUUGUUAAAGGACUCAUC